AUGCAGGCUGGCAGCGGGGAGGUGUCUGUGGACCAGUCGCUGGUGAUGCCCAGGCCGCCGCGCGGCGGGGGCAUCGGCUUCCGCGUGUUCUUCGAGAGCUGCGCGGGCGACCGCGCCCUGCCGCUGCUGGGCGUGGCCACCGUGCACGAGCCGGUCGAGCGGGCGGAGCUGGAGCUCUCGCCGCCGCGGGAGCGCUUCGGCUCCUCGGUCGGCGACAGCCUCGACGCCUCCCUCGGCCUCGGCGCGGCGCUGCUCGGCGGAGGUUCCGCCGUGCUGGCCGUGAGCGUCACCGAGGUGCCCCUGGGCUCCCUGCAGCGGGCCCUCAGCAGAGACGGCGGCACGCGCACGGCUCACUCUGCGCUAGACUGCUCUGUUCGGGCGUUGUCCCGCUACGGCCCCGUGUGCUCGUGGAUGGGCUUGCCUGGCCUCGUCGAUCUUUGCGGCCCCGCGCGGUAA